UCCAGAUCGAGCUUGAGGCGUGCGCGGCCGCGGCGGUGAGAGCCAGUGGGGUACGCCAGCCUGUUGUGGGAGGCGAAAGGAGGUCGCUCCUUGGCCUCUCAGGCCAGCGGGUGCCCGAAGGCGACCUGGGUAGAAGGGGAUCGGCCCUGGGAAUCUUGGGUGGGCAUCAGAAUUCUGACGGCAGCAAGCAGAUGGAGCACUACCGGAAAGCUGGCUCUGUGGAGCUUCCAGCACCUUCCCCGAUGCCCCAGCUACCUCCCGAUACCCUGGAGAUGCGAGUCCGAGAUGGCAGCAAAAUCCGAAACCUGUUGGGUCUGGCACUGGGUCGGUUGGAGGGAGGCAGUGCAAGGCACGUGGUGUUUUCAGGAUCAGGCCGGGCAGCGGGGAAGGCUGUCAGCUGUGCUGAAAUUGUCAAGCGCAGGGUACCAGGCCUGCACCAACUCACCAAGCUGCGCUUCCUGCAGACAGAGGACAGUUGGGUCCCAAACUCACCAGACACGGGCCUAGAUCCCCUCACAGUCCGCCGCCAUGUGCCAGCGGUGUGGGUACUGCUCAGUAGGGACCCCCUGGACCCCAAUGAAUGUGGCUACCAGCCCCCCGGUGCUCCCCCUGGCCUGGGCCCCACACCCACCUCCAGCUCUGGCGCCCGGCCCCGAAGACGGGCUCGAGAUACCCGGUCCUGAGCACCUGAUGAUCCUGACCUCCAGGCCUGAAUGUCUAAGAUGACUGUGUCUUCUCCAAGAAGCCUCUGUAACUGCUCACCAUCCCCAGUCAGAUCAAGUCCAUAGAAGUGGGCCUACCUGCUUCCUUCUGGCAUGUGGAAACGACUGCUAAGACGAGAGACAGGUGUGGAGUGUCUGCUGGGUUCUGGAUUACUUAAGAAGGGUUUACGUUGCCUUCAACCUAUAGUGCCUCUGAUCUGCCUUUUGACAGAGGUCCAGGGAGUGGGCUAGGAAAUAAAGGUUCUGCCUGUUG